AGCCGACCGCCAUUACAGUUUUACUUCUUGUGCAACAUUGAGUGAAAAAUUUAAUUGUAAGCCGAAAUAAUGUCCAGCGGGGGUAUUUCAAAGAAAGCCGCUGACUCUGGAGGCCCAGGUGGCCAACCAAAGUCAAAGAAGCCCACAGCAAGUGGCGGGGCGAUCGCCAGGAAGCCGACAUCAAAUGCCACGCCUUCUGUGAAUCCAAUGGCGCAGCCGGAGUUUCUUGUAGAAAAGAUCACAGGAAAACGUUACUUGAACGGGCGUCCCCAGGUGCAGAUCAAGUGGAAGGGCUAUCCACCAGAGGAGAACACCUGGGAGCCCAUAGAGAAUAUAGGCAACUGCAUGGUGCUGCUCGGCGACUUCGAGGAGGAGCUUUUCAGGAGCAGGCAGCGUAAGAAGCUCCAAAAAAGGCUCAAAAAGAACAAGACGAGCAGCAGCGGUAGCAAGACGAGUGACGGAGAGCUGCCCGGUACUACGCAGGCCACAACGACUGGAAAACGUUCAGAUGAUGUCGAUGCUCGCAAGGAACGCCAAGUGGAAAUUGGCAAAGCAAUGGGACCCAAGGCAAAUUUAACAAAUAGUGCCAUAGGGAGCACACCAAUGCCCAAUACUAAUUACAAAAAGAAAUUCUUGCUAUUGAGCGACUCCAGUGACGAUGAGGCUACAUUACAGCCAUUACAACCAAAGUCUUCAACUCCAGAUGCGUCGCCGUCAUCCAACAUCACUAUUGAUACAGAAAUCAUUCUAAGCGGAUCCUCAGAACUCUCCGACUCGCAGUCCCUCAGCGAGUUGCCCAUGUCAAAGGCCGUCAAGGGGCCGACGGCACUGAAUUCACAAAAGCAGGUUCGCAAGGAUGCAGCUUCGAUAAAAACCAAGAAGUUUAAAUGUAAUGAGGAUUCCAUCGAAAAGACCAUGAUGAGCAUUCACAGCCAACCAAUGGUUACGUCCGUUAGCCCGCAGACGAGCAGUCCUCAAUGUUCCAAGCAGCUCGUAGAGAAGUCCCAAACUGAUCAAACUCCAAUAAGCUCAAAGAAGAACCUGAAGGUAAAGGAUGACUCGGAGAACCCUUUUAUGCCACUAAAUACGCGUCACAACAAACCUUAUUCGAAUGCGGAUGAAUCUGAUUGGAAAAUGCCACUGCGGAAGACUCCUUUUGGCCUGGCUCGCGGUCUGGAGCUGGACAAAAUAGUGCACAACUUUAAGGUGGCCGAUAAACUCUUUCUGUUUGUCAACUGGAAGGGCCUUUCAGCGACCGAUGUGGUGGCCUUGGAUGAAUUAAAGUUGGCGUAUCCUGCCGAAGUAAUACAGUACUUCGAAAACAUGAAGCGGACCAGCGAUGAUCCCUCGACCUAAACAUGUAUCCAGUACACACGCCUGGUAUGUACUAGCAUGUUUGGCCAAAAGCCGAAAUUCUCAUCAUUUAUCAUAAAAAAGACGAAUAACGAACAUGAAAACAACAAGACAAACUGCGGGCAACGGGAACCACUCACAAAGCGACUCGAAGUUCAGGGUCAACGUAUUUUUAUUGAGAUCUUUAACUCAAAAUGAAAGAAUUAACUACUUUUUGUUUGCUUAUAUCUUUAUCCUUAUCUUGAAUGGUUUGCGUUGUUUAAAAAAUUACAGAUUUUUUCAAAAAAUAGUUUGCAGAUUAACAUGCAUUGGAUGCAAAUGUCAACGUUAUUUUAUUGAGAUCUUAAACUCAAGUUAAAAGAAUUAACUACUUUUUGUGUGCUAAUAUAACGUCCUUAUCUUGAAUGUUUUGCGUUAUUUGAAAAGUUACAUUAAUUAUGAAAAUAUAGUUCGCAGAAGAAAUUGAAUUAGAAGCAAAUUUCUAUGUUUUGUAUACGGGCAGUGGCCUGUACGUGUCAAGAAGAGUCAAAGGAAACUCGAUAUCAAUUUAAAAAUAAAAUGUCAAUCAAAAGCUUAAGAAUUUAUAAGCAUAAAAACAUUUGAUACUUUGGACCAAGGGAACUCAAGCCCGAAGGUCGAACCAAUUUCUUGUUAAAUGAAAAAAACUAUAAAUAUAAAAUCAAUACAUCAUUCU